CUGUUUUCCAUCAACGCCAUCCACCGUGAUCUGAUCACAUCCCGUCUUCUUCCAUCAAUCAAAAGUAUCUCCAUCACUUUCUAAUCUAUCACAAUGACUGGACGCGGCAAAGGUGGCAAGGGCCUUGGCAAGGGCGGUGCCAAGCGUCAUCGCAAGAUUCUUCGUGACAACAUCCAGGGUAUUACCAAGCCCGCUAUUCGCCGUCUUGCCCGUCGUGGUGGUGUCAAGCGUAUCUCUGCUAUGAUCUACGAGGAAACUCGCGGUGUCCUCAAGUCCUUCCUCGAGGGUGUUAUCCGCGAUGCCGUUACGUACACUGAGCACGCCAAGAGAAAGACUGUCACCUCCCUGGAUGUUGUCUACGCUCUCAAGCGCCAGGGCCGUACCCUCUACGGUUUCGGUGGCUAAACAACCAUCCGUUCUUUCUCCACUGGGCACAUGCAUUUGCCUGCUGGGUUCUCUAUUCUAUUUGCCAUCAGAUUCGCUCCCGGUCAUGUGCAUGACCACUACUCGGGACUUUUCGGACUUUGGGUGUUGAUGGCAAGGAUAAUCGGCAAGGGCAUAUGCUGAUGGGUUGAAACAUGGCCCAAGGGGAAGGUUUCCAUGGCAGGGCCUGGUUGUUCUGGUUUUAUUAUGGCGUUGGGCGGGACAUUAUGAACUUUCGGGACACGAGAUACAGUAGGCGUCACGGUAUGACGCCGACGGAAUGAAUACACAUAACCAUCAUAAUGGUUCUUUUGAUCAUAAGUUUUUGACAAGAAUACAACACGGCUGUCCUAUUUCUCUCCAUUGGGUAUCUGUGUAGUAUUCAUAACAGCAACAUAACCUUCCAGGCCCCGAAGCCACAUCAUGC